GAGAGGACCAGCGUCUGGCCGGCAGGUGGAGGGGCUCAGCCAGAGGCUUGCAUUUCCAGCCUGGAGAAGGUCCCGCCUGCCCGCGCCCAUGACCAACAUGAGCUGGAGCUUCCUGACGCGGCUGCUGGAGGAGAUCCACAAUCACUCCACCUUCGUGGGUAAGGUGUGGCUCACCGUGCUCGUGGUCUUCCGCAUCGUGCUGACAGCCGUGGGCGGGGAAUCCAUCUACUCGGAUGAGCAGUCCAAGUUCACGUGCAACACGAGGCAGCCCGGCUGUGACAACGUCUGCUACGAUGCCUUCGCGCCCUUGUCGCACGUGCGCUUCUGGGUCUUCCAGAUCGUGGUCAUCUCCACACCGUCCGUCAUGUACCUGGGCUACGCGGUCCACCGCCUGGCGCGCGCCUCGGAACAGGAGCGCAGACGCGCCCUCCGCCGGCGCCCGGGUCCCCGCCGCGUGCCCCGGCCCCUGCCGCCACCGCCUCCCGGCUGGCCUGACACCGCAGACCUGGGCGAGGCGGAGCCCAUGCUGGCGCUAGAGGAGGAGGAAGAGGAGGAGCCGGGGGCGCCCGACGGUCCCGGCGAGGACAUGGAAGAGGAGCGAAACGAAGAGGUGGCUACCAAAGGGACCGGAGGUGACAGCAAGGUGGUUGGCACCCCGGGCCCGGCCGGGCAGCACGACGGCCGGCGGCGCAUCCAGAGAGAGGGGCUGAUGCGCGUGUAUGUGGCCCAGCUGGUGGUCAGGGCGGCCUUCGAGGUGGCCUUCCUGGUGGGCCAGUACCUAUUGUACGGCUUCGAGGUGCGGCCUUUCUUCGCCUGCAGCCGCCAGCCCUGCCCGCACGUGGUGGACUGCUUCGUGUCCCGGCCCACCGAGAAGACCGUCUUCCUGCUGGUCAUGUACGUGGUCAGCUGCCUGUGCCUGCUGCUCAACCUCUGCGAGAUGGCGCACCUGGGUCUGGGCAGCGCGCAGGACGCCGUGCGCGGCCGUCGGGGGACCUCGUCGCCCGCCCCCGGCCCCGCGCCGCGCCCGCCGCCCUGCGCCUUCCCCGCCGCCGCGGGCAUGGCCUGCCCGCCCGACUACAGCCUGGUGGUGCGCGCGGCCGAGCGUGCGCGAGCGCACGACCAGAACUUGGCCAACUUGGCCCUGCAGGCGCUGCGCAACGGGGCGGCUGCGGCCGUGGUCGGGGACCGGGACAGCCCGCCCUGCCACGGACUGUCCGCAGGCUCCCAGGGGCCACCCAGGGCGGGCGCCCCGGCUUCAGGAACCGGCAGCGCCACGUCGGGGGGCACAGUCGGGGAGCAGGGCCGGCAGGGGGUUCAGGAUCGGCCGGCUGCCAAGCCCAGGGCUGGCUCGGAGAAGGGCAGUACGGGCAGCAGGGACGGCAAGGCCACUGUGUGGAUCUGAGGGCACGCAGGGAGGGGCGGGGAUGGGGGCCCCCGGUGGAAAUCUUUCUGUCCUUCUCAACCGGUGGCCUCAGGCAGACACCGGUGGCACCGAGAUUCCCACUGGGGAGGAGCCUCUUGGAAGAGGGGAAGGGCUGAAGGUCGUUGGGAGGCACUGGCCCAGGCACCUCUCUGAAAGGUGGGAAGGAGGGCUCCUGGGAGCUGCCGGGUGUCUGUAAGCCCUGAGGGCUGGGCAGCGCUGAGGCCCAGGCACGGACUGCUCCCUCUGGCCAUGCUGAGCAAGGAUGGCCUCUCGGAGGUGCUUUUGGCUGCCAACCCUUGGCUCCAAGCUCUUGUGCGGCCUCCUGGGAUGGGUGAAAUCUAGUAUGCACGUGCUUGUUCCACUCCCGGCAGCACUGGAUGGGUUCCUGGGCAGCCUCCUCAUCCUCUGGCCAGUGCCCCUUCUGCUUCCUACAGAGCUGAGGCCAAUGCCAGAUCUUUGCACCACAGUCAAGGCAGGUCAGGAACAGGCAGAGGGCCCUGUGUCCAGCCCUAAUCUGAACCCAGUUCCCAGUUUCCUGCUCAAGACAGACUGGCUGACUCUGGAGGGAGCCUUGGCUGGGCAGGAGUGCCUCUCGCUGAGUCGUGAUGGAUUGGCACAGCCCUUCUUCAGGGACUCCGGAAGUUCCAACGUGCCUUGUUGCUUGGACAGACAUGGCUGUGGUCCAGGUGGCCAUGCUGGAGGAAAGGGGUUCUGGGGAGUCUGUCCCCAACUUCUCUGCUCCGUUCCCUAAUUCAGAGCCAACCUCCAAA